CGUACUAUUCCACAAAGUAAAUCACAAUGUUCAAGGUCCUAUUCCUGGUCGCCUGCCUCGCCGCUGUUGCCCUUUCCUAUGAGGGAGAUCACGGACAUCACCAUGAGGACUUCAACACCCAUCCUCAGUACAAGUUCGAGUAUGGAGUGAAGGAUUCGCACACCGGAGACCACAAGCAGCAGUGGGAAGUCCGUGACGGAGAUGUCGUCAAGGGCCAGUACUCUCUGCAUGAGGCCGAUGGCAGCAAACGUAUCGUCGACUACAAAUCGGAUGACCACAAUGGCUUCGAAGCGGUCGUCCAGAAGGUCGAACAUGGACACCAUUGA